AUGGUGCCACAGAGUGGAGGGUACGAUGUUGUUGGUGUCUUCAUGCGCAACUGGGACAGUCGUGAUGCUGGCGAACGUUGUGUUCUCGAUGCAGAAGAGAGCGAUGCACAGUUUGUGUGUGAUCACCUGAAAAUACCAAUGAAGACAGUGGACUUUGUCAAGACAUACUGGCACAGUGUGUUCAGCACCAUGCUGGACGAAUACCAGAAGGGGUGGACACCCAACCCGGACAUGUUGUGCAACCGAGCCGUCAAGUUUGGUGUCUUUCAUGAGUAUGCCACGAGGAGGCUGGGUGCCGACUUGGUUGCCACUGGUCACUACGCUCGUCUGCAUCCGCUGCCUGAUGGGCGUGUGCGGCUGAUGCAGGGCGUAGAUGCCGUGAAGGACCAGAGCUUCUUCUUGGCUCAGGUCAAGCAGGAGGCACUACAGCGAAGCGUGUUCCCCUUGGGUGACCUUGAGAAGGCUACAGUCAAGCAGAUUGCGGAGAACAUAGGGCUACACAAGAUUGCAACCAAGAAAGAGGUCAGUUGGGCACUGCUUCCUCCGUUGCUUAUGCUCAGGUCACAGGGAAGCUGA